AUGUGCUGCGGCCAUUCGUUUGAUGGCUAUGGGGGAGUCACCCGACACCAUGGACGACUAUAUGAGAAUGUCCGAAAGAACCGCAAUAGAGGGUUUUAUAGAUUGUCAAGGGGUGUUGUUGAAACUUUUGGAGACGUGUAUUUGUGGAAACCUUCGUUGCAUGAUUUGCAAGAAUUGUAUGCGGCGCAUGAAGAACGUCAUGGGUUUCCCGGAAUAAUCGGAAGCAUUGAUUGCACACACUGGAAAUGGAAAAAUUGUCCGGUAGCAUGGAAAGGGCAAUACGCAAGUGAUCAUCACGGAUCACCUUCAUUGGUGUUAGAGGUUGUCACUUCUCAAGAUUUAUGGAUUCUACAUGCAUUUUUUGGGGUUGCGGGUUCCAACAAUGACGUCAACGUUCUUGAUCAGUUGCCAAUAUUCGACGAUCUUUUGAAUGGAAAAGCCCUGGAUGCUCCUUUCACGGUGAAUGGAAACGAAUACAAAUAUGAGUAUUACCUUACAGAUGAAAUAUAUCCUCGAUAUUCCACAUUCGUGAAGGCAUUCCGCCACCCGGUUGAAGAACGAGACAAAUUUUUUAAGAGAAGACAAGAAGGAGCACGUAAUGAUGUGGAACGUGCUUUUGGAGUGCUGAAGGCGAAGUGGCAUAUAGUCGAACAUGCAACACGACCAUUGGAUUUAGAAACUUUACGAUAUAUCAUAAUCAAUCGAUCAAGAAGACAAGAUACAAUCUUGACAAAAAUGGACACCAAAUCAAAUAAUAACGUACAACCUUUGAAUGCAUUUAUUCAAUGA